CUUCGAGACAGUCUUCACCAGUGUCUCGGCCACGUUGCAUCCACCACGUUCAAUCGGUCAACCUGUUCCUUUACUAACAGGUCAACUACUCCCUUCCAGGCUCACUCUCUCUCUCUCUCUCUCUCUCUCUCUCUCUCUCUCUCUCUCUCUCUCCGCCACGAUCCUUGCAAUCGAUACCGCGUUCUUGGCAGAAUCUUCUCGCGUACACACCGUGAAAUGACUUCCCGCAGCAUUGGGAUGAUAUCGUAAGGUAUUCCCACAAGAGAGAUAAAUUUCUCGAAGGAGAGACCACCGCUGAAUUUUCCAUCUUCGAUCAUCUCCCGACUGACUCUCCGGAGUAAGUGGACUGCUUCAGAUAGAGCUUCGCCGAGAGUUAAGACAGCCUUCGUCAACGAUCCAAUGGAGCGAGCGGGACAGGGAGAGCAGGAUGUUUUCAUCGUUACGAUGAAAUCGCGGGACUUGCCGCAUUUGAAGAUAGGCAGCUCUGUGUUAAAGGCCGAGUUCGACGACGGCGGUGACUUCUACGCCGAGAAGGCGAAGAACGAGCUGCGCGAGACGCCAGAGGUUGUCGAGCAGGCGUUGAAGGACUAUAAGGCGAUGCUCAAAGAUGAACCUGACCUAUACGUACCGGAUGACGAUGAAUUUUGUCGGAAGUUUCUGCGGCCUUGCAAAUGGUACUCGAAAAAUGCCUUCGAACUGAUGAAAAGGUUUUACAAAUUCAAGUUGAACAAUCCACGCUACUGCCUUAAUCUCCUACCUAGCAAUGAGAAAAAGGUACUCUCUUCGGAUAUAGUGAUACCGUUGCCAAAUCGCAUGGCGAAUGGUUGUAGAUUGUUGUUGAUCAACUGUGGAAAAGUAUGGAACCCAAAGGUCAUCAGUACCGAUGAAAUCUUUCGAUCGGUCAUACUGUCGUUGGAAGCGGCCAUAGCUGAACCCAGAACACAAAUCGCCGGAAUUCACGUAAUUUUAAAUAUGACUGGCUUGACAUUGACCCACGUGACACACAUCACCCCUAGUUUCGCCGCUUCGGUGACGGAUUGGAUACAGAGAUGUUUACCCUGUCGACUGAAGGGCAUUCAUAUAGUGAAUCAACCCUUCAUAUUCAACAUGAUCUACGCCAUCUUCAAACCCUUCCUUUUGGAAAAAACACGCAAAAGGCUUCAUUUCCAUGGCACGAACAGGGACUCUUUACUGUCCUUCAUUGAUGAAAACGUUUUGCCCGUGGAGUUCGGUGGCAAGUUCGAGAUGCCGAAAGAAUCGAUUGGCCAAGGCAUUUGCGACUAUUUCUGCUGGUUCGACAAGGAUUUCGAAGUUGCCGCAAAAUACGGAUACGUCAGGACCACGGAAUGACGAAGGACAAGGUGCAAUGGUCGUUCAACUUGGAAUUUGGAGGUAAUCGAGAGUUUAAAGUAAAGUGAUCGUUUACGUCGGAACGAAAAAAAUACCGAAAAAAAAACCGGGGGUAACGGGUGAUAAGAAAUGGAAGAAAUCGCGAUCAAAGUAAUCAAGCGAAAUGGAUCGACGAUCUCGCGCCGGAUAAAAUUUACUUUAUAAUCUAAAAUACAAUACGUGAACUUCGAGCGUAUCGAAAUGAUAACAAAGUUGAUAACUUGUAAUUACUUUCUUCUUUUUGUUUCUUUUAUCGGAGAUGAAUAAAUUUUUUUGAAUGACUGGACAAUG